UUCUUUGCUCUAGAGGUAGAUAUUAUGGUUACUUUAUGGGGGUGUGCUAAUUGGGUUUAGGGGUUUAGGAGUGUAAGGGUUUAAGGGAGGUGGGUCGUGGUUUCGCGGCCGAAUUCGCUGCGUUUUUGUUGUGUAGCAGGGGUGAAGUGAGGUGGAUAUUAGAAAAUCUCUCCUCGUGGUUUCAUGGUCUCUUUGUUCGCAAAGCGCGUGUGUUGCGGGGAGAGAUGCGGCGCCGCCACCAUUGGACGACUUGGAAGUGAUCCGUACUGUUCGUUGCGGUUGCAGGACGUUUUGAGUAGCGACAGGAGGAGGAGAUAGUGUGCAGAGAAAUAAUUUUGCGAUCGCAGUGACUAGAGAACAUUGCUAAGUUUUGAGAAGAUUUUGCGGCAGUAAAGCUUUGUAGCAGAUUUUCUUUUUCCCUUCUUUGGCAACACCAUGGCUCUCGUCAGCCGGGUCCUCGUCACCCCUCGGGUAGAGAUCCUGUCUGCAAAUCCCAGUGGUAUCAACCGAAGCACGAGCGUGAGUCGCCGGGUGCAAAUCAAUGCUACACUCGCAAAUGGAGGUGCAAAGGGUGUCGAAACCGUGGAAUACCCGAAAACGAAUUUAAACAAGGAUUAUUUGCCAGGCACCACGAAGGAUUGGUCCCCUAACAGCUGGAGAAACAAAGUUGCGCUGCAGCAGCCAAACUACCCAGAUGCUGAGAAGCUUGCUGAGACAGAAAAGGUCCUUGGCGCCUUUCCUCCUCUCGUGUUUGCUGGAGAGGCACGAAGCUUGGAAGAGCGCCUUGGGGAAGCAGCCCUUGGCAAGGCCUUCCUGCUUCAAGGCGGAGAUUGCGCAGAGAGCUUCAAAGAGUUCAAUGCUAACAACAUCAGGGACACAUUCCGGGUGCUUCUGCAGAUGAGCGUGGUGCUCAUGUUCGGAGGUCAAAUGCCUGUUGUCAAGGUCGGAAGAAUGGCGGGUCAGUUCGCCAAGCCGAGAUCGGCAGAUACGGAAACUGUUAACGGUCUGGAGCUUCCCAGUUACCGAGGCGACAACAUCAACGCGGAUCUGCCAACAUUGGAGGCUCGCGUCCCGGACCCGUCGCGCAUGGUGCGAGCCUACAGCCAGGCAGCCGCAACCCUGAACUUAUUGCGUGCUUUUGCUACGGGAGGGUUUGCCGCAAUGCAGCGAACUGCGCAAUGGAACUUAGACUUCGCAGCGAACAGUGAGCAAGGCGACAAAUACCGGGAGCUUGCUCACAGAGUUGACGAGGCCUUGGGUUUCAUGACCGCUUGUGGACUCACCCUUGACCAUCCUGUGAUGACCUCCACCCAAUUCUGGACCUCUCAUGAGUGCCUCCUGCUCCCUUACGAGCAAGCUCUCACCCGGGAGGACUCCACCACGGGCUUAUGGUACGACUGCUCCGCGCACAUGCUCUGGAUCGGUGAGCGCACUCGCCAGCUUGACGGCGCUCACAUUGAAUUUCUCCGUGGCGUUGCUAACCCCUUGGGAGUCAAGAUAAGUGACAAGAUGAAACCUGAAGACUUGGUUACUUUGUGCAACAUUCUCAACCCAGAGAACAAGCCCGGCAGGCUCACUGUGGUCGUGCGCAUGGGCGCUUCCAAGCUCAGGGAGAAGUUCCCCGCUCUGGUGCGUGCAGUUCGUCAGGCUGGAAGCAUCGUCACUUGGGUAAAUGACCCCAUGCACGGCAACACCAUUAAGGCUCCUUCAGGUCUCAAAACUCGCCCAUUCGACGCCAUCUUGGAGGAGGUGAAGGCCUUCUUCGACGUCCACGAGCAGGAGGGCACUCACGCCGGAGGUAUUCACCUUGAAAUGACGGGCCAGAACGUAACAGAAUGUGUCGGUGGAGGCAAUAACUUGACAUUCGAAGAUCUAAGCUCGCGUUACCACACACACUGCGAUCCUCGUCUGAACGCAUCCCAGGCGCUGGAGCUUUCCUUCAUCAUUGCCGAGCGUCUUCGGAGGAGACGACUUUCGGGACCCAACAACACCCUUGUGGAGAGCAUUUCUUCUCAGCUCAGCGGCGUGCUCUAGAGAGCAUUAGAGCUUCUUCCUUUGCGCAAAUUUCCAGCUGGAUUCUGAAAAAAGGACGUGUGAUGAGAAUUAAACGAGACUCAAGCUAAUUGUUCCAUACUGCGACGUGAAGAUGACGGCUAUAAUGGACAUGCAGCUGAAUUUUGAUACUCCACUUUGAGAGAAAACGCCCUCCUAAGAGGUGAGGAUGAUCCACAGAAGCCGAAUUGGUUUGAUUUAUAUUACUUAGACUGAAUGUAGGCAAACUAAAAUGUUUGCACGGAGUUGGGUAGGUUUCCAGAAGCUGUAAUAUUUCAGUUUUCACUCCAGCAAUUGAUGGGUUUCAUGUUGCUCCUUGGUCGUCGGCAUUUCAGAGCUGUCAUGCUGUUUACCUACAUCAUGAGCCUUACUUAUAGUUCAUAGAAAACUCAAAUAACUUAUCGACCAUGUGCGUACCUCGAUGAUCUCUUCGGUGUAUUGUUGUAGUAGCUCCCAAAGUUUUGUAUAGAAGAGAUACUUGUUUUAUGCACUCAUGUCUCAACAUCUCA